AUGACGCUGGAAGAUUUCGAGAAAGAGCUGGCCGAGCAGAAGGAGGCGGAAAAGAGACGCGAGCGGCGCAAGGAGCACGAGAAAUCCGAACACCGGCAUCGACACCAUCACCACCGCAGUUCUCGACAUCGCGACUCGCAUUACGGUGACGAAGAUGGACACCGGUCAAAGAGGCCGAGGCACUCCAGAGAUGAUGACACGUCAGAAAGCAGACACAAGCACAGCAGACACCACCACCACCGUCGGCGGAGUCGAGGGGAGGAUGACGACAUGGAAGAGGUGGAGGACGAGAAGCAGCCUGCGACAAGCUCGAAUUCGGGCGAAUUGAAGCGCGAUUCGUGGAUGGAAGCACCUUCGGCGCUGGAUAUUGAUUAUAUCCAGAGAAAAAGACCCGAGCCGUCGCCGCAACCGAAGGGUGGUUCUCUAGAGGCAGACUUCGGGCUGAAAAUGCACGAGAGAGAACUCAACCACCACCUGCGCGAUCUCAAGAACGGCACUCCUGUUGAUGACCUCGAAGCCGAGCCCGCCACCCACGAAGUCGAUUACACCUUUGGGGAUGCUGGCUCCCAGUGGCGCAUGACCCUAUUGAAGGCCGUGUACCGGCAAGCUGAAGAGACGGGCCGGAAGGUGGACGACGUCGCCGUGGAACGGUACGAUAGCCUCCGAGAAUUUGACGAUGCGAGGGAAGAAAAGAUCGAGCUGGAACGCCGCAAGACGUACGGCGAUAGCUACGUGGGCAAGGACAAGCCCAGCGGCGAGCUGUUCCAGGAGCGCAAGCUGGAUGCGGGCAUUCGACGGCCUCAUCCGCGGGAAUCUGAGGAGAGCCCGGACGUAUUGCUUGAGCAGAUGCCUGUUCCGGCGGCCACUGCCACCACCCGCAAAAUUGAUCGCACGGCGCUCAAUAAACUCAAUGCGCAACUCAUGAAAGCUCAAAUGCGGAACGACCCCAAGGCGGCAGAUCUGGAAAAAGGGUACAACGACGCGGUUGCUGCGUUUGAAUCACAGGAUCCCACAAUCAUCACCCUCUCCGCCAUGGACAAUCGGAUGCUCUCGUCUGCGCCUCGCAAUGAGGUCAAGGCGGUGCAGAACCGGCGGGGGGCCGAGCGGGGCCAGGUCGAGGAGAACGAGGACAUGAGCAUUGAAGACAUGGUCCGCGAAGAACGUCGCACCCGCGGACAGCAAGGAGGCGAGGGUUUGCACAUGGCUGAGAGGAUCGCAAAGGACGGCAAAUUCGACAAUGAUCUUGACUACCUCGACGAGAAUGCCGAAAAGCUGGCUAAACGGGUGCACAAGUCCAACAUCAACCUCCGCAACGUGGCCAUCAAUGAGUACCAGAAACUCAACAAGAUCCUGGAGAACUGUCCGCUCUGCCACCACGAAGACACCGACACUCCGCCCAUUGCCCCCGUUGUCUCCCUCGCAACGAGAACAUAUCUCACCUUGCCGACGGAACCGGAAUUGUCCCCCCAGGCCACCAUGAUCGUGCCGACGGAGCACCACACCAACCUCCUCGAAUGCGACGAUGACGAGUGGGAAGAGAUCCGCAACUUCAUGAAGUCACUCACGCGCAUGUACCACGACCAGGGCCGCGACGUCAUCUUCUACGAGAAUGCGGCGUUCCCGCACCGCAAGCCGCACGCCGCGUUGUGUGUCAUACCGCUUCCUUAUAGCUUAGGGGAGACCGCACCGGCGUUCUUCAAGGAAGCCUUUUUGAGUACGGAAGACGAGUGGUCCCAGCACAAGAAGAUCAUCGACACCCUCGCCAAAGCCAAGUCGGGAGGCUUGGGGAAACUGGCGUUCCGCCGGAGCCUCGUCAAAGAAAUGCCGUAUUUCCACGUCUGGUUCGAACUGGACGGUGGGAUUGGACAUGUAGUGGAGGACCAGGAGCGAUGGCCUCGAGGCGACCUCUUUGCGAGAGAGAUCAUUGGCGGCAUGCUGGGUUUGGAGCCCGAUGUCAUCAAGAGGCAAGGACGGUGGCGUCGAGGAGAGGACACGAGGGUCGAGGGGUUUCGAAAGGCAUGGAGGAAGUUUGACUGGACGAGGGUGCUCACGGAGGGGGGUGCCUAG